CCCGGCUUCCCGGAAGUGCCCGGCUAGCCGACCGAGCCGGAGCUCGCCGGGGCGCUGCACGCCGCCGCGGGUCGCGGUUCUGCGGGUCUGGUGACCGCAGGGGGCCCGACUCGGGGUUGCGGCGCGUGUCCGGGGGGAGCUGGGCGGCGGGAUGAUGGAGGAGGAGGAGCUGGAGUUCGUGGAGGAGCUGGAAGCGGUGCUGCAGCUCACGCCCGACGUGCAGCUCGCCAUCGAGCAGGUAUUUCCAAGCCAGGAUCCUCUAGAUCGAGCAGAUUUCAAUGCUGUGGAGUAUAUCAAUACCCUGUUCCCCACGGAGCAAUCUCUGUCAAACAUAGACGAAGUUGUGAACAAGAUUAGACUGAAAAUAAGGAGACUGGAUGACAAUAUUCGAACUGUUGUAAGAGGCCAAACAAAUGUGGGACAAGAUGGCAGGCAAGCACUUGAAGAGGCCCAGAAAGCGAUUCAGCAACUCUUCGGCAAAAUCAAAGAUAUCAAAGACAAAGCAGAAAAAUCAGAGCAAAUGGUUAAAGAAAUCACCCGUGAUAUUAAGCAGUUAGAUCAUGCCAAACGCCACCUGACCACCUCAAUCACAACGCUGAACCACCUGCACAUGCUGGCAGGCGGUGUCGAUUCCCUCGAAGCCAUGACCAGGCGAAGGCAGUAUGGAGAAGUUGCUAAUCUUCUUCAGGGUGUGAUGAACGUUCUAGAGCACUUCCACAAGUACAUGGGAAUUCCACAGAUCCGGCAGCUUUCCGAAAGAGUGAAGGCUGCCCAGACUGAGUUAGGACAGCAAAUCCUGGCUGAUUUUGAAGAAGCGUUUCCCUCCCAGGGUUCCAAGAGGCCAGGAGGACCCAGCAAUGUCCUACGAGAUGCGUGUCUGAUUGCUAAUAUUUUGGACCCCCGAAUCAAGCAGGAAAUCAUUAAAAAGUUUAUUAAACAGCAUCUGUCAGAGUACCUAGUCCUUUUUCAAGAAAACCAAGAUGUUGCCUGGCUGGACAAAAUCGACAGACGCUAUGCCUGGAUCAAACGCCAGCUUGUGGACUAUGAGGAGAAAUUCGGCCGAAUGUUUCCACGUGAGUGGUACAUGACCGAGAGGAUUGCAGUAGAAUUUUGCCACGUCACAAGGACAGAACUUGCCAAGAUUAUGCGGACCAGAGCUAAGGAAAUUGAAGUGAAAUUGCUUCUUUUUGCUAUUCAGAGAACAACUAACUUUGAGGGAUUCCUUGCAAAACGCUUCUCUGGCUGCACUCUGACAGAUGGUGCUCUGCCCACCCUGUCCCAGGCAAUUGUAGUAUCGUGGGGAAAAAUGGGCCACAACGCCCAUGAAAAUGCCCUUAAAGACAGUGCAAGUCACAGAAGGAAGUGGGCACCAGCAAUGACAUUGAAAGAAACCUGUCUCUCUCCCACGAAAAAAAACUCGAGUCUCCACCCCCAUCUACCAAUCCUUUCCUGGAAGAUGAGUCAACACCAGAGAUGGAAGAACUGGCCAUGGAGAAAGGAGAUUCAGAUCAAAAACCUCGGGGAGCUGAUAGAUCGGUUUGUGGCGGAUUUCAAAGCCCAGGGGCCACCUAAGCCCAACACUGACGAAGGGGGAGCCGUGCUCCCCAGCUGUGCCGACCUCUUUGUGUACUACAAGAAGUGCAUGGUGCAGUGCUCCCAGCUCAGCACCGGGGAGCCCAUGAUCGCUCUGACCACCAUCUUCCAGAAGUACCUCCGGGAAUACGCCUGGAAAAUCCUCUCUGGCAACCUGCCCAAAACCACCAGCAGCAGUGGAGGGCUGACCAUCAGCAGCCUCCUCAAGGAAAAGGAGGGCUCCGAAGCGGCCAAAUUCACCCUGGAGGAGCUCUGCCUCAUCUGCAGCAUCCUGAGCACGGCAGAGUACUGCCUGGCCACCACGCAGCAGCUGGAAGAAAAACUCAAAGAAAAGGUUGAUGUAAGUCUGACAGAACGAAUCAAUCUGACUGGAGAAAUGGACACAUUCAGCACUGUCAUCUCGAACAGCAUCCAGUUGUUGGUUCAGGACCUGGAUGCCGCCUGUGACCCGGCCCUGACUGCCAUGAGCAAGAUGCAGUGGCAGAACGUGGAGCACGUUGGUGACCAGAGCCCCUAUGUCACCUCUGUCAUUCUUCACAUCAAGCAGAACGUGCCCAUCAUCCGUGACAACCUGGCUUCAACACGGAAAUACUUCACUCAGUUCUGCAUUAAAUUUGCAAACUCCUUCAUUCCCAAGUUCAUCACCCACCUCUUCAAGUGCAAGCCAAUUAGCAUGGUGGGAGCAGAACAGCUGCUGCUGGACACCCAUUCCCUGAAGAUGGUCCUGCUCGACCUGCCUUCCAUUGGCUCCCAGGUGGUGAGGAAAGCACCUGCCAGUUACACCAAGAUUGUUGUGAAAGGCAUGACCCGGGCCGAGAUGAUCCUCAAGGUGGUGAUGGCCCCUCACGAACCCUCAGUGGUGUUUGUGGACAACUACAUCAAGCUCCUCACAGACUGCAGCACAGAAACCUUCCAGAAGAUACUGGACAUGAAGGGGCUGAAGAGGAGCGAGCAGAGCAGCAUGCUGGAGCUCUUCCGCCAGAGGCUCCCCACCCCGCCCGCAGGGCCCGAAGCCGCCAGCUCCCUGUCCCUGCUGGCCCCCACCCCGGAGCAGGAGUCCUCCCGCAUCCGCAAGCUGGAGAAGCUGAUUAAAAAGAGGCUGUAGGAGCA